UUAGGUAUGCCCAAUUCUUCCUUAUUAUCAGCAUGUCCUAGUCCGAUAAAUAUUACUGUCAUCGUUCAAUCAAUUUAGUGUUUGGGUUUCAGUUUUUUUAUCUAUCGCAAUAGAUUUGCUGUGUUGUUUUUGCUCUAGAAGAACUAUUUGAGUAAUAAAAUCAGAAGAAUAUGUACAACGGGAUUGGGUUGCAGACACCAAGAGGUUCAGGAUCAAAUGGUUAUGUACAAACAAACAAAUUCUGUGUAAGACCAAAGACUGGGAAAGUAGAAACAAAAGCAUUCGAAGGUGAUCAAGGAACUGGUGGUGUUAAAAGGGCAAACAAAGAUAUUCUUGAACAUGAUAGAAAACGUCAGAUUCAACUCAAAUUGGUUGAAUUGGAAGAUAAAUUGAUUGAACAAGGUUAUACUGAUGAUGAGAUUUCUCAGAAGCUUGAUGAAGCAAGGAAAUCAUUGGAAGAGCAAUCUCAAAGUACAAGCAUCUCUGGAAGUGACAAAACAACAACCAGGGUUUCGGAUACUCAGACCCAUCAAAUUGCUGCUAGAAAGGAGAGACAGAUGGAGACAUUAAGGGCUGCCCUUGGCAUAACUAACGUUGAUGGGAUGUAGCCAUGUAGGACACACAUCCAGUUGACCAAGUCUGUGCAUGAAGAUAUUAGCCGUGAUGUAUAUGUUUCUGAAUGAAUCUCUUGGAUCAGAAUGAAUCUUUUGGAUCAGAAUGAGAUUUUGUUAUUUGCUUGAACUCUUCAGAAAUUUGUAUUAUUUUGUGUGUAAAUAGAGAUAGUGAGUGAACUGAUGGCUUUUUUGUGUGAUUACGGUAUGGGUUUCAGUCUCUUUGACUGAGGAAGUUGGGUUUCAGUCUCUUCCGAAAGUUCCAAAUUCUACAUAUUUGUUUACUGCCAAUGGUUUUUGUUCUUUUAAGUGGUUUCUACAAUUUA